GACAACCCAACCAUAUCUUAUUUUCGUUCGUUUCUUUGUUUGGUUUCGUUUUCUUGUUAAGUCUAAUUACCCCAACGAUGGCUCAAGUCCUGUCUCCUCAGGUGCCACUUCUGCCCAUCGCCGGCCAAACACCGCUGCGAUUCAUGGAGGGCCUUCUCGGCAGAAUCAUUACAAAAGACGUGAAGAAAGAGACCGGUCCAGAGAGCCCUAGGAGUCCGAAAACAACACAAGGCUCUAUUCUCAUGGACAAGUACGAAAUAGGAAAGCUUCUUGGCCAAGGAAGCUUCGCUAAAGUCUACUUAGCCCGGAACAUUAGAAACAGUGAGAACGUCGCCAUCAAAGUCAUCGACAAGGAGAUGAUAGUGAAGAGUGGAAUGGCUGGCCACAUAAAACGAGAGAUCUCCAUCCUCCGCCGCGUUCGCCACCCUUACACCGUCCACCUCCUUGAGGUCAUGGCUACUAAAACAAAGAUCUACAUCGUGAUGGAGUACGUGCGAGGAGGAGAGCUUUUCGAUAAGGUAGCUAGAGGAAGGCUCAGAGAAGGAACCGCCCGGAGAUACUUCCAGCAGCUGAUCUCGUCCGUUGCCUUCUGCCACAGCCGCGGUGUAUACCACCGUGACCUCAAGCUAGAGAAUCUUCUCUUGGACGACGAAGGGAACGUUAAGGUAUCUGACUUUGGUCUCAGCGUCGUCUCCGAGCAGCUCAGGCAAGAAAAAAUAUGCCAAACGUUUUGCGGGACGCCUGCUUAUUUGGCUCCUGAGGUUCUGACGAGGAAAGGCUACGACGCGGCCAAAGCUGAUGUUUGGUCUUGUGGAGUGAUCUUAUUUGUCUUGAUGGCUGGUUACCUACCGUUUGAUGACAAGAACGUUUUGGUUAUGUAUAAGAAGAUAUACAAAGGACUGUUUCGUUGUCCUAAAUGGUUUUCUCCUGAGCUUAAAGAACUUAUGAACCGGAUUCUUGAUACGAAUCCGGAUACUAGGAUCACUAUACCAGAGAUCAUGGACCAUAGGUGGUUCAAGAAAGGGUUUAAAGAUGUUAAAUUCUAUAUCGAAAACGAUAAGUUAUGUAGAGAUGAUGACAAUGAUGACGAAGAAGAUUCGUCAUCAUUGUCAUCAGGCAGAUCAUCUAUAUCUUCAGAGGGAGACCUUGAGUUUGAUAUCAAAAGAAUUGGUUCAAUGCCUAGACCCGCGAGUCUAAACGCAUUUGACCUCAUAUCAUUCUCCACGGAUCUUUCCGGUUUAUUUGAAGAAGGUGGACAAGGAGCUAGGUUUGUAUCUGCUGCUCCUGUAACAAAGAUCAUAUCGAAACUUGAAGAGAUCGCGAAGGUGGCUGAGUUUACAGUGAGGAAGAAGGAUUGGAGCGUGAGGCUAGAAGGGUGUAGAGAAGGAGCUAAAGGACCGUUGACUAUUAAGGUUGAGAUCUUUGAGUUGACGACGUCUCUUGUGGUGGUUGAAGUGAAGAAGAAAGGAGGGUUUAUAGAAGAGUAUGAAGAGUUUUGCAACAAGGCACUUAGACCACAGCUAGAGAAACUGAUGCAUUACCAAGCAGAUGAAGUUGAAGAAGCAAUGUGUUAAGAAACUGGUUGGCCGAGAGAGGGAAGACAUAACAAGAGAAGGUACAAUUACUAUAGAAACAUUCUUUGUUACUAUACCAUUUAAUUUGAUUUUUAAUUGUUCUGCGAUGAUGAUGAUUAUGUAUGUGUAUAUAUAUGAAAGUGAGAGUUGUAAUAAGAGUGAUAGGAAGAUCAGAGAAGAAAAAAGAAAGAGUGAGAUCUUAAGGCAGUUAAAACGGUUUUUGCUGGCGAUUAUAAGGCUAGUUUUUCGUUUGAUUGCUGAUAGGAAUGUGUUGUACUAAUGUAUCUCGAGCUUAAUGAAAAUUCUUUC